UCGUCAUCUCGUAAAAACCUUACAAACUUUUCUAUAAAGACAUAUUGACUCAUUUUCUCUGGUUGGUCUACUGAAGUCAAGUUGAGAGUUCGAGUGCAUUACUGAGAGAAUGGAUACACGGGAUAGUGGCAAAAACAUCGAUAGCCGUGACCGUGACGGUGGUCGCAGUCGCGGUGGAGGUGGUAAUUAUCAAAAUCAACAACAGGGUCCGGGUCGAGGCGGUGGAAGAGGGAGAGUGAGAGCUGGGAGUCACUCGGGUCUUCCCCAACAUCAGCAACGGAGGACUUGGCCACCGUUUCAGGGAAAUUUCGGUGCUGUUCGUGGUUUCCAGCUUUCAGUUCAGGGAAAGAGUUAUGGUUUCCAGCUUUCAGUUCAGGGACAGAGUUAUGGUCCUAAACAGGAAGAAGCAGGGCCCUCAAGUGGAAGGGGAGGAAUAGGGAACCUGAGACCAUGGGGUCCAACGCGUCUUCCACUUUCUGUUCCGUCUCAACGAGCUCAAUCUACUGACGAUCUUGAAAUUUCAGAACAACCUGCAUCUCCGCCAGAGAGUGAGGAGAAAAGAAGCAUUGUGACACAUGCUGUCCAGUCCAUUUUAAUCUCCUCGUUAAGCAAUCUCCUAACAGAGUUUAUUUCGUGGCUACUAAGCUUAGCUGGGAUACGGAAGUAAGUGCAGAAAUGCCUGCUUAUCAUGUCCUAUCUCCUCUGCUAAACUAGUAGCAAAGGAGUUUGUGCGUGAAUCUAAUGGGUCUUCACUCACCCACGUGUUUGUUCCUUUCGAGCUAUGUGCAUUGGCUCAUGGAACAGCCACUUCUUUUAUUACGAUAGUCCUAUGUGUGAUAUAGCUUCUUGUGGUGCAUCGUGUCUUGAUUUUAUGUGUGUUUCUUUGAGAGAUUUAAGUACGUUUUAUGUGUGUUGCAGUUGUUGUUUGUAAUAAAAAGUUUAUCUUCGAAUAGUGAUGAUGAUUGAACUUGUUUCUUGAUAAUAUUUAUCAUAUAUAUUAGUUUCCGGUGUUCAUUAA